CCAGUAACUGCCUCGCACACGUCGACACGUCCUGCCACGUUGCACGGAUAAUGAGCACUCCAGCGCUGUUCCUGGUUGCUAUAACGCUUCAUACUGUCUUAUCGGCACCACAGCAGAUUGGUUCGCAACAAGCUACCAUUUUGGAACAGUUCAACAACUUCAAUGGCAUCGGUCCCUGGCGCUGGAGCUUCACUCUGAGUGACGGUAGCCGCCGCGAUGAGAAUGGGGCCGUGGAGGACGGAGCGCUGGCGGUGAGAGGUUCCUACAAGUGGAAGGACCCGGAAGGCUCUGUCCACGAGGUGGUCUACGUUGCCGACAGAGAGGGCUACAGAACGUUGCCGGCGGUAGGCCUGGGUACGAACGCGGCACUCACUCUGGUCGGAAAAUGAUCGCAUACUAAUCGCUGAAGAAACAUUACUCAGGCAUGCAUCAGACAGCGUGCCUUAAUAGAUCACUGGAUAAGAGCUGCAGAACAGUCCCUUGUAUAUUCCAGCGCUAAGAAAUUAGCAGAAUCCACCAACUGACAAGUGGUAUGUAGUACUAGACGAAUAAAAGUGAGUAUUAACAGC